GCUAAGUCUUGCAUGAGGAUGGCCAACGGAGACUCCCCGCACCCCUGCGGUGGCUACUUCUCCCUGCUGCUGCACCUGAAGGCGUGCCAGGAGGCCUGGGCGCCGGGGCCACCCUGGAACAAGGAGGGAGCCUGUGCAGCUCUCUGGGGUCGACCCGCAGGGAGUUUCCUUGUUCUGCGAGAUGCCGCUGGUCAGCCAGAGCUACUGUGCGUGUGUGUGAAGGGUGCAGGCGAGUCUGUGAAGGAUUUCCCCAUCUGUAGAUCCGGCACAGUGGUGCAACUGGAGCAGUCUCACCUGGCCUUUCCUGACAUUGCCCAGCUGGUCGCUUUCUACACUCUGACCAGGGAUGUGCUGCCUAUGUGUCUGCUGGUCCCUUCUUGGAUCUCCAGCCUGCCAAGCUCCUCUGUGAAGCACCAAUCUCAGCUUGGACCCAUGUCCUGGCUGUGCCCCCCAUCAGAAUCAGAAUCAUCAACUUCCACAGUAGUGCCUCCAUCAGUGGUGUGCACCAUACAGUUGACCACCACCAGUGGAGCUCUCUGCGUUGUCAACCCACUUUAUUCACAUGAGCAUGGACGAGAUUGGCUCUCCCAUGCGCCAAUCAGCACACAGAGGGCCAGUCACCCAGACAACCGUAAGUUUGAGAGGAGGCUCAGCACCACUAGGCCCUGGGGAGGGGCGGGACUAAGGAAGAACAGAGGAAUUUCAUUGGACGAGGAUACACUGGGAAGCUACUCUGAACCCUCAGGAGGUGGAGGUGUGGGCUGCGUGUCUCCAUGUACAGGAGGUGGAGGUGUGGGCUGCGUGUCUCCGUCUGCAGGAGGUGGAGGUGUGGGCUGCGUGUCUCCGUGUGCAGGAGGUGGAGGUGUGGGCUGGGUGUCUCCGGGAUCUACAGUGCGUCUCCGCAGGUCCAGUAGCAGCAGCAGCACCAGUAGCAGCAUCAGUGACCACCACCGUCUCCAACGCGCCUCCACGGGGAACUCCUCCGGCCUCUACAGCUCCGCGCCGCAGUCCCCCCACCGCGUCUCCUGGGUGGAGGGGAACCUGUGGACGUCUCCCCCUCCCCCGCCCUCCCUUCUGCAGCCUACGUCCGUCGGAGAGCUGGACUCCCUCUCGAUCAGCAGCAUAGAGGAAGAGAGCGACUCCCCGAGUUGUUCUAGUCCCGCCAUCUCUCUCCACCCCCGCCUGCUGUUGGCCGACAAGGUGAAGAACCGCUUGUCCGCUGUGGGCCACGCGCUCAGUGGCCUGGUGAACCCCCAGAAGAAGCUGGUCCACCGCGUGCAGGAGUUGAGCAGGAGCAAGGGCGGCUUUUUCGCGGAGGCGCUGCGUACUUUCCUGGAGCAGACCCAGCAGCAGGCGGUGGUGGUGGAGGUGGAGGGGAGGACCAGCAGCACGGACAUCCUGCAGGAGGUGCGCUCCUCUCUCACCUCCCUCAGGGACACGCUGCUCGACUACUCUGACGUCGGCAGCCUCCUAGACAGCCUGGUGGAUCUACCCGACACUGACCUGGACGCCAUGCUUGAAAUCUCGCUGCACAAGGUGGCCCUGAAGCCGGUCUGCUCCCACCUGUACUCCUGCAUCCACACCUCGCACAGCCUGGACGGCAGCUUCCAGAUGCUCGAGAACAACAAGAGCACUCUGGAGGGACGCAGCCUGGAGGAACUGGAGGGCCGCGCAGGCGCAGGUGUUCCAGACCCAGUCACCAUGGAGAAGAUCCAGCAGCACUGGUCGUCCAUGCAUAAGGCCCACUCGCCCAACAAGAAGGUUCAGAUACUGCUGAAGGUGUGCAAGGCCAUAUACCACAGCAUGAACGCCAAUGCCAAGCCUGGUGUGGUGUUUGGGGCGGAUGACUUCCUGCCGUGUUUGACGUGGGUGCUGCUCCGCAGCGAUGUGGUCACUCUGCAAGUGGACACUGACUACAUGAUGGAGCUGCUGGACCCCAUGCAGCUGCAGGGAGAGGGUGGGUACUACUUGACGUCCGUCUACUCCGCUCUCUUCUACAUCAGCACCUUCCGCCCCCGGUUGGCCGCACGCCAACUCAGCGUCGAGGCCCAGCGCUCGCUCAGCCAAUGGCAUCGCCGACGAACCCUGCACUGCAACCAGUCACGCCGGGGACGUCACCGCAGGACGAUUCGCAGGCACACAAAUCCCAAGACGCCGCCGCCGAUUCCAAAGGGCGCCCCAGAAGGAGGACGCAAGACCGAGCUCUCUGGAGCGAGCGAACAGGACGGCCCGCUGCAGACAGCUCAAAACGUGGCAGCGAAUUCGGUUUUACCGACGGAGUCUGAGAAAAACUUGAACACGCAAGAGCUGGAACUUAAGGGUAACACAUGUCUUGGAGGUGGAAGUGUCCAGAAAGAGUCUCAAGGAACAGUCUCAGAGAGUCUGGGAAAUGUGACUGGAGGAAAACAGAUGGAGACGAAUAGAUGCCCUCUUGCUGUACACGUCCCAAAAUGUGGCAGCGAAGGUUCUAUCGGAGUCUGAGAACUUGAACACACAAUCUUGAACUCAAGGGUCAGGGGCGUCGCCAGAAACUUUGGGCCCCAUGAAAGAUUUGAAUUUUGGGCCCCAUUAAGGGCCCCUGUGACAGUUCUAGGGCCAUUAAAAUCUGUAACACUUGCACCCCCACCCCCCCAGCGGCACACAUGUUAAGGAUAGAGUAGAGAGAGUAGAGUAGAGUAUUUUAUUGAUCCCGAGGGAAAUUAAGAUGUUAAGUAGCAUAUAUGCAUACAUACAUAAAUACAGAAGAAGACAAAAGGACAUUAUUCACAACAUUGCACAGAUAUUCACAAAUAUUCACCAUACAUACUGUAUAUUCACAGGGUCAGAUCUCCCUAUCCCACUUACACACACACACACACACACACACAC